GAGACUGAUACCAUCCCACUACCACCAAACCCAAAAUGACCGUUGCUCAGGUUCCACGAUAUGAUUUCAUCGGCCGAUUAGAUUAAGUAAUUAACCAAUCAAUUAAUCUCUUCCCCUUCUUCCUUCCCUCCAUGCCCGCAGGAGAGCGGCCACCGGAUCCAGGGUUUCUCGCAUGGAAACCCUAAGCCUAGCCCCGCCGCCCCCUCGGCGGCAGAGCCUCCUUUUUCACCAGAUCUCCGUCCUCCUCCUCACCUUCUCUGCCUACGCCGCCUUCCACGCCUCCCGCAAGCCCCCUUCCAUCGUCAAAUCCGUCCUCGGUCCCGAGGUGGCCGCCUCCAACUCCUCCGCCGAUGCUGGCUGGCCACCCUUCAACGGCCUGCGUGGCCCCCACCGCCUGGGCGAGCUCGACCUGGCCUUCCUCUCCUCCUAUUCCGCCGGCAUGUACCUCGCCGGCCAUGUCGGCGACCGGAUCGAUCUUCGCCGCUUCCUCGCCUUCGGCAUGCUUGGCAGCGGCAUCUCCACUGCCGCCUUCGGGAUGGGCUACUGGUGGCGCGUCCACCGCCUCAGCUUCUUCCUCGCGGUCCAGAUUGUCAGCGGGCUCUUCCAGUCGAUCGGGUGGCCCUGCGUCGUUGCUGUGGUCGGGAAUUGGUUUGGGAAGUCGAAGCGGGGGCUUAUCAUGGGGGCUUGGAACUCCCACACCUCGGUGGGGAACAUCCUCGGCUCCGUCGUGGCUUCCUCGGUCCUUGAGUUCGGGUGGGGGUGGUCGUUUGUGCUGCCGGGGAUUCUAAUCAUCAUUGUCGGGGCAUUUGUUCUUGCAUUUUUGGUUGUGGAUCCAAAAGAUCUGGGUUUCGAAUCUCCAGUCAUGGAGAUCGAGAUUAAUGAUGCCGGGAAUGGAUUGGAAGGGAGUGCCAAUGGGGCAAAUGGCGAAGAGGUUGGUCUUCUUGGAUCGGGGGAAAAAUCUGAUCUGGACAUGAAAGCGGUUGAUCUGGACUCGAAGGCAGCGAUCGGAUUCUUGGAGGCAUGGAGGCUGCCCAGCGUAGCGCCCUAUGCGUUCUGCCUUUUCUUCUCCAAGCUUGUGGCAUACACUUUCCUCUAUUGGUUGCCAUUUUACAUUCGACACACUGCUGUUUCUGGCAAGCACUUAUCACACAAAACUGCGGGAAUCCUUUCAACAAUAUUUGACAUUGGAGGGGUAUUUGGAGGCAUUUCAGCAGGAUUCAUUUCGGACAGGCUUGGUGCUCGUGCUGUGACUUCGGUUCUAUUCCUUCUGUUCUCAAUCCCAUCACUUAUUCUUUAUCGACUAUAUGGAAGCAUAUCGAUGCACCUCAACAUUGGGUUGAUGUUUCUUUCUGGCUAUUUUGUGAAUGGCCCAUAUUCGCUUAUUACCACAGCUGUUGCAGCUGAUUUGGGUACUCAGGACAUGAUUAAAGGCAAUUCACGAGCAUUGGCUACUGUGACAGCCAUUAUUGAUGGUACAGGUUCUGUUGGGGCAGCUCUGGGACCUUUGCUUACAGGGUAUAUCUCAACUAGGGGAUGGAACAGUGUUUUCUUGAUGCUAAUUUUCUCAACUUCUCUAGCAAUUUUGUUUUUGAUACAUAUUGCAAAAGCUGAGGUUACUAGCAAGAUGAGCCAAAGAAGAUAGAUUAGGACAACAAAACAGAUUUGAUGUCAUGAAUACAGAAUAUAUUGAUAUAUUUUGUAUGCACUUUUUCCCUUGUCUUGUUAAUUUUUUAUUCAUUGUAUAAAACAUGGAGAAUAGUUGGUUAAUUUUGAUAUUCCAAAAUACAUUUUAUACCAUAGAGAUAUAUUAUUGGAGCUGAAUGCAGCGUUGGAUUUGGC